AUGUCCACCCCGGCUCGGCGGCGUCUCAUGAGGGACUUCAAGAGGUUGCAGGAGGAUCCUCCAGCCGGAGUCAGCGGGGCUCCGUCCGAGAACAACAUCAUGGUUUGGAACGCGGUCAUUUUUGGGCCUGAAGGGACCCCGUUUGAGGAUGGAACCUUUAAGCUUACAAUAGAAUUCACUGAGGAAUAUCCGAAUAAGCCACCGACGGUUAGAUUUGUCUCUAAGAUGUUCCAUCCAAAUGUCUAUGCAGAUGGUAGCAUAUGUCUGGACAUACUUCAGAACCGUUGGAGUCCAACCUAUGAUGUGUCUUCCAUUUUAACAUCCAUACAGUCUCUACUGGAUGAACCCAAUCCCAAUAGUCCAGCAAAUAGCCAGGCUGCUCAGCUGUACCAGGAGAACAAGCGGGAGUAUGAAAAACGUGUUUCUGCGAUAGUAGAACAGAGCUGGCGUGACUGUUGA